AUGCCACAUGAACCUUGGACCUCAAACCGUGAAGAUGCAGCCGUGGCCCAGAUAGUCAAUAGGAGAUGGAGAAAUCGAGUCUCAAAUCCGGAUGACGUCCUGCCAGCCUCCAUUUACCUAAAGGGUAUGUUCGAGCAUACAAUCAAGAAGCUGGAUAAAUGGAUCAGGAGGCGCGACGCAACGGAAGUCAGAGUCGUUGUGCUCGCCUCGCCAACUUGCUGGAACACUGAGACCAAGGCGCGUUUACAAAGAGCCGUCCACUUGUCUGGUAUCCGCACCCACCAAAUUAUUGGCGACCGAACUCUUGAGACUCGCAUUGUGUCUGAUCACGACCAUAUGGCCGCGUUGAGGUGUAUUACAAAGCAACAGAGACCGCUGGUCGUCCACCAACUGUCUGAAGUACCUGAGGCCGAAAAAUUGAUCGUUGUUGAUGUUGGAGGGGUGACUAUAGAUGCAGUGGUAUAUCGAUUUGCACCAGGCAACCUACCAUCCAAGUCUCGCUUGGGAGGCUCCCUCCUCGUUGAUUGCCAUUUCCUUGAUUUCCUAGAUGAUUGGAUUCAAAAGAAUUACGACCUGAGAGGACCAGAGCAGGCCCAAGAUCUCAUGCAAGAGCGAGCGAAGGUAGUGUCAGCGUGGGAAAAGCGCGAUAAGUUGAACUAUCUACCUCACUUGCCGGGUCCACCACUGGAGGUGAAGCUCCUUGAGAAAACAUUGACAAUCGGACGGUAUAUUCCUUCAACCUUGAUCCCAGCUGAUGGAAUACGUAUUAAUAAGUUUCUGCUCGCUUUCAGAGAAGAGUUCAAGGGUUUUUUCAAAGACACUGUAGAGAUCAUCGCCAAGGUUGUCGAUGACCUGUUCGAGGAAGAGAUCAAGCAGACCGGUGUUGCUCCGAAGUCCGUGGUUUUGACUGGGGGUUUAUCCCACUGCGCAUGGCUCUUCGUGGCGGUAGAUCUACUUCUCAAAGAGUCGCCACGAAACCUUCAUUUGCAACAUGCAGGUGUAAAGUCCCGCUGGAAUGCUGUUGCGAUCGGGCGGCGUACACGUUCUGGACUUGGGGCCUGCCAGCCACAGAACCCUAAGGAGAAGCGCCAGGCGAUGAGGGACAUUGAUUGA